CGACACACACCCCCCCUAUGAUUCAUGACAUCAUCAGCUAGCGACCGACGGAGCAACACUUCUACAACCUACGGAAAAUCCUUGUUCAGAGCUUCACAAAGAAACCGUUUCUCAUAGACAUGAAUUACUAUACAAAAACAUGAUCGCGAAGAGUCAAAUGCCAUCAGAGGGACCAUGCAAAACACGGCACGUUAUCUCAUCUUUUUUCAGUACAUUGGAACAAAAUACUGCGGCGCUGCAAAAGUACCUCCACAUCAGCUGCUUGGAAAAGGAGUCCAGGACUACUUAGAGGGUGCAAUAAGGAGACUGAACCCGUUCAACCCAGUGGCUCUGACAAUCUCCAGCCGCACUGACACAGGCGUCCAUGCUCUCUGUAACUCAGCUCACUUCGACCUCCAGCGCAAGAAUGAUAAACCACCAUUUUCCGAAGAUAUUCUUGUUGAGGCUCUUAAUUUCCACCUAGGGUCAGAGGACAUCAAGGUCACCCUUGCCUACCGUGUGCCUGGUGAUUUCCACGCCCGUUACCAUGCCCAGUCUCGGACCUACGUCUAUCGGAUAGCGCUUGGAGCCCCCCACAAGUCCCUGCUACCCCUCACAGACCGUAGUCUCUGCUGGAACCUGCACAACCUGGAACUGGAUGUUGGAGCUAUUAGAGAAGCUGCAGCCCUGCUGGUUGGGGUUCAUGACUUCAGCAGCUUCAGAGCAGUUAACUCUGAUCUGCCCUAUAAAAACCCUGUGAAGACACUGGAUGUGGUCAGCAUUCAGCCAGGAGGCUCCUUCGCUCAAGCACACUACCACAGGGAAAUAGAAUUCUGGGAGCUUACUUUUACAAGCAGAUCUUUUCUCUACAAGCAGGUGCGAAGGAUGGCAGGAGCCCUGGUGGCGGUAGGUCAGAGACGACUCUCACUGUCCCAGCUGAAGGAAAUACUGGAGGCCCGGGACACUCUAGCUUACCCACAAGGACUUGUUGCUCCAGCCCAUGGCCUCUUUCUCACCAGGGUCAACUACAAAGCAACAGAUAUUCAUUUUCACCAACAAACAUCAGAGGGAUAAAUUAUCUCCAGUGGAAACUCAGGAUUAUUUCAACAUUCAACUGUUUAUAAGCUGUAUUCCAACUUCUUUGAAAAGAACUGUAAUAAAGCUCAUGACAGCA